AUGGAGACUGAAUUGGAGAAGAGCCACCAAGGAGGAGGACUGAAGAGACUGAGAUGUUCAGUUCAAAACUAUGAUUGGGGUAAAAAAGGGACAGAGGGGUCUGAGGUUGCAAGGCUGUAUGAAUUGAAUUCUGGGUCUGAUAUAGAAUUGGAAAAGAAGAAGCCUUUUGCUGAGUUUUGGAUGGGUACACAUGGUUCCGGGCCUUCUUUUGUGGUGGAAAGUGGUGUGGAGAAUGGGGACUCGACUGGGUCUGGAAGUUUGAGUUUGAAAGAAUGGAUUUUUAAGAAUCCUAAUGUGCUUGGUGAUAAGGUUUUGGAGAAGUGGGGUUGUGAUCUCCCUUUCUUGUUCAAGGUACUUUCUGUGGCAAAAGCAUUGUCAAUUCAGGCUCACCCAGACAAGGAAUUGGCAAAAGUUCUACACAAGUUGCACCCAAAUCUUUAUAAGGAUGACAAUCAUAAACCUGAGAUGGCUUUGGCCCUAACAGAGUUUGAGGCCCUCUGUGGUUUUAUCAGUCUUGAGGAGCUUCAAGGCGUGCUUCGAGAUGUUCCUGAGAUUGUAGAACUGGUUGCCAGUGCAGAAGCAAACCAAGUCUUGCAAUUCAACGAGCAAGAUCAUGAGGAAAAAGUAAAAUCUGUUCUGAGAUCAGCUUUUACGCAACUUAUGUCAGCAAGCAAAGAGAUGACAGCUGAAGCAAUAUCCAAAUUAAAAAAUAGAUUGUCUAUGGAAAGCGAGAUAAGGCAGCUGACAGGAAAGGAACAGCUGGUCUUGCAGUUAGAAAAGCAAUAUCCAGCUGAUAUUGGUGUCAUAUCAGCCUUCUUUCUUAAUUAUGUGAAGCUCAAUCCUGGUGAAGCUUUGUAUCUCGGGGCAAAUGUACCCCAUGCAUAUCUAUAUGGUGAGUGUAUUGAAUGCAUGGCAACCUCAGACAAUGUUGUGAGGGCUGGUCUUACGCCCAAGCACCGGGAUAUCCAAACUCUUUGUUCCAUGCUCACAUACAAACAGGGCUUCCCUGAAAUCUUAAAAGGAUUUCCUUUGAGUCCAUCCAUUUUUCUUAUCAUGGUUGGGGAGGGUGCAAUGUGCACAGGAUCAUCCAAAGAUGUAGUUAUGGAAGGAGAUGUCCUAUUCGCACCUGCCAACACUGAAAUUAUGGUAUCAACUGCAUCCGAGUUGCAUCUGUAUAGGGCAGGAGUGAAUAGCAGAGUCUUUCAAAUCUUGUGA